CGGCCCCCGCCGCGACUGUUGACCCGAAACGGCAAGAGCCGAGCAACUUAUUAUAUAUAUAUAUUGGUUGAACAAUCUAUUUAAUCUGUUAUUUUUGUCAGACGCUCAAACCGCUGGAAAGUCUUGUGACAAUAAUAUACUGUAUCGAGUUUUUUUGUAGGAGUGAAAAAUUGAUAAAAAACAUAAUAGAAUGCCACAUACCAGAGGCAACGAAAUAUACGAAUUAUUUGAAGCCAUGGCCUACAAUGAAGUUUCGACAAUUGAUAUAAAUCAGGCUAUUACUGAUUUAGUAAAAAGACAUGAUAUUUGUCACGAUCAAAGUGUCUCUUUAAACGAUAUGGAUGAGCUGGCAAAAAGGCUCUUUGAGAUUGCUGAUAUGGUUGAAAAGGACAGAGUCGAAUUGAAUGCCAUUUUCUCAAAAAGAGUACCAAUUGCCAUUGAAACUCCGGCCAAGGAUAUUGAUCUUUUGAUAAAUUUUGCAAGAUAUUACGCUACUCUCAUAUUGCAAAACAGGCUUUGGCAAAAUGUACAUAUUGAAGGUGGAGUGUGGCCGGAAAAUGCUGUAUCUUCAGUCUAUUAUACACUUUCUACGAUCAUUCAAAGUAGCCAUAUACAAUUAUAUUUGAAACACAUAAGUUUUGGUCCCCGCAUUGUCCUGGGAGGUCAGAGCAGCAUCGACACGGCAAUGAUCGUGAUGGCCGAUGCCGAUCUUUAUUCGGUGAUCGGAACACUGACGUCGGAGCGUGUGGGUAAAAGGGAUUACCUCGAUCGUCCCUUGUGGUAUUUGAAGAAAAUAUGGAUUCAAGAACCCAUAAAAGAUAAAUUCGUCGAUUUGAUCGACGAGCUGCAAAUCAAAGACGAUACCUCUUCGAUAAAAUCGAUGCUCCACGCUUUUCGAAACAGAGACGAGGUACUCCAAAACCUUGGCAAGGAAAUUCACGUCAAAGCUUUCUCGAUAUGGUCGAGUAAUGUUGUUACAGCUAAAAAUAUGGCAAGCUCUGCUGAACGAGUUUUUCUCGUGUGGAUUAAUUCUUACGGGGAAAUUGGUCCGAGCGUUUCGUUGCCGUGGGCAGACGUCGUGCAUCACAACAAUAUCAAACCGAUUGAGCACGAAAUAAAUCUGAUAAGCCGUAUCGAUGGAAAAAAAACGGUCGAUCUCUUCUAUGACGGUGCUUGGCAAGAGCCCAUAAAUGAAUUAUAUUGGGAAGACGAGAGGAAGGUUUUAUGGGCGAGUGCAACAUGGACCGACGUUGAAAAGUGUGUGGCUUCAGCUGAGAAUGGUUUCAAAAAAUGGAGAUAUUUUCCAAGCAGUAAGAGACAAAAAUGUUUUUAUCGCUUGGCCAGUAGGAUUCAGUCGAAUGGAGAUUCAGCGCUAUCAAGAUCGAUUCGAGUUUGGGCCGAAUCCCCGGUGCUGUACGGAUCUUCAUCGUCGCGAAUUCAGGACGAGAGCGUCGAGAUCGUAACGACAAGAGAGCCAAGAGGUGUGAUAGCGAUCGCUUGCGACAAUCGGGAGGAAUUAUUUCGUCGAAUAGUUUACGCUUGUGUGGCUGGGAAUUCUAUAAUAGUGGUGAACAACCGCGUGGGCCACGCGACGGCCAUUUCCGGAAUCGAGGAAUACUGUGACACCCUCGCAACCUGCGGUUUUCCUCCGGGUGUUCUGAACUCAUUGUCAUUUUACGAUUUGCCAAACGCUAUCGAGCAUUUGUCGAAAAUUCGGUGCAUCGCCGUUGCAUGCACCGAUUUCUUCACUCCCACCAUUACGGGUUUGCCGAGUUACUGGGCCGACACCAGGCGCUCCACGGACGAAAUAUUAUACGCAAAGUACACGCGCCCGAAGUCCGUUUGGUUGCCACUCCAAUAAAAUGUACUUCAAUCCCGAGUCAUCCUAAAUCGCGGAUAACUCAGAUUUACACGUUGAAGGUGAGGUCAGCACUUCAACAUGAUUUGUCAGUUCUCAAAUUAUCAAUUUGAUACGCUGAAACAAUAUCAUGAAUAAUCAACAGGCACAUCGAGAGAGUAGCGGAGACUGUAAAAUCAAUAAAAAUCGUUUUUUGCACCACGUUUAAUAAAAUCAUUCGACGGAAUGACAAAACAGUAACAUCGAAUUACACCAUGAAAGAUUUCUGUGUCCUCCACAUUACGGAAAAUCGAAUUGUUCCAUCGGUUUUAAACUCAUUUUUUAAAAGACCUUGUCGAAAAAUUUGAUUUUGCACAUUUCUUUGUGGACCAACCUUUCGACGAGUGGAUUUGUACGUUUCCUUCUUCAAUUGUGCAUACAACAACGUUACGAUAAUUGGCAAUUCCCGAAAAUACAAUUAUUAAGAGAAUAAUAAAGAAUCACCUAUCGGAUAAGUUCUGUCGAUUUGUUCGGCGGCAAAAAAUACUUAUAAACGUAACUAUACAAAAUAAGUUUUGUUUUAUUUCUUUUUUUUGUACUCAUCACUUCUUAUCAUUUUGUUGGAAAAAUCAUAAUAUAUAAAUAUAUGUGUGUA